UUUCCUGAACUGAAAUCAUGAAAAUGAAAUUGGUCGCAGCACAUCUUGUUGUCCAUGACAGUUGACGCCACACCACGACCCUUCCCAAAGAAUAGCUAGACAAUAAGACAAUAUAAAUGCCUACUAUAAAUGGUCUGUGUCUCUCCCUCUUUCUCUUUUGUAUUGAUGGAAUACUCUCAGCCUCAAGCCUCUCUUUCUGGUGUAACAGUCUUUUAGCCUACGAGCACUUGUGAGAAUGGGGAACAAACUUCUAUUAACUAUCAUCUGCUUAUCGGAUUUGGCUUGCAUCUUUGGUUUCAAUGUUUCCUCUGACGGGUUAGUGAGAAUUGGUCUAAAGAGACGGGAUUUGGACCUUAACAGCAUAUAUGGCGUAGCAAUCACCAGAGGAGAGGUUAUCCAUGCCAAUGGUAAGGGCGACGAUUCCAAUAGUAAUUGCGUUGACAAUUUAAAAGAUGAUGUGGUGUAUUUGAAAAAUUUUAUGGACACCCAAUAUUACGGAGAGAUUGGCAUUGGUUCACCUCCGCAACACUUUGCUGUUGUCUUUGAUACCGGCAGUUCCAAUCUUUGGGUGCCAUCUUCGAAAUGCCACUUUUCUAUUGCUUGCUAUAUGCAUUCUAAGUACAGGGCAAAGCUAUCCAGUACAUAUACUGAAAUUGGAACAUCUUGCAAAAUCCAUUAUGGUUCUGGAUCUAUAUUUGGCUUCUUCAGCCAGGAUAAUGUGAGAGUUGGAGAUGUUAUCAUCAAAGAUCAAGUGUUCACCGAGGCUACAAAGGAAGGAUUAUUUAUGUUCUUGCUUGCACAAUUUGAUGGGAUUAUUGGACUUGGGUUUCAGGACAUUGCAGUUGGGCAAGUCUCACCAGUGUGGUAUAAUAUGGUUAAACAAGGUCUUGUGAACCGACAAGUCUUCUCUUUAUGGCUGAAUCGAGAUCCUAAUUCAAAGAUAGGAGGUGAGAUUGUCUUUGGUGGUGUUGAUUGGAGGCACUUCAGGGGUGACCACACUUUUGCCCCAAUCGCACAAAAUGGUUACUGGCAGAUUGAGGUAGGUGAUAUUAUUAUUGCAAGCAAUUCAACAGGUCUUUGCAAGGAUGGUUGUGCUGCCAUUGUAGAUUCGGGUUCAUCCUUUAUUGCAGGUCCAACUGCUAUUAUAACUCAAAUCAACCAUGCCAUUGGAGCAGAUGGUGUUGUAAGCUUGGAAUGUAAAAAUAUCGUUUCCAAGUAUGGAGCUCUGAUAUGGGAAUAUUUAAUAUCAGGGUUACAGCCUGAAAAAGCAUGCGUCAAUCUCGGACUAUGUCCAUAUAAUGGAUCUCUGAAUACAACUACAAGUCUUGCUGGUAACACGAACCAUGCAAAUCUGAAUCCAUGCAGCGCUGCCGAUAUUGAAACAGUGGUAGAAAGAGGUCAGAACUUAGAUGGUUUACCAGUUGAUGAUGAGAGAGCUCUCUGUACUUUCUGUGAGAUGAUUGUUUUCUGGAUCGAAGUGGAACUUAAAAAAGAAACAGCGAAGGAAAAAGUAUUCAAAUAUGUUAAUGAGCUGUGCGAGAAGCUCCCAAAUCCUAGGAGAAAAACAUUUAUUAACUGCGACAACAUGGCUACCAUGCCAUAUGUAUCGUUCACCAUCGGAAAUAAAUCCUUUCCCCUCUCCCCAGAACAGUAUACCAUCAAAGUUGAAGAAAGCUGUUCUACUGUCUGUCUUAAUGGGUUCGUUGCUUUGGAUGUGCCUGCUCAAAAAGGCCCACUAUGGGUUCUUGGAGAUUUAUUCCUUGGAGCAUACCACACUAUAUUCGACUUUGGUAAUCUCCAAGUGGGUUUUGCGAAAAGUGCUUAGUACUCCUAAUUAAGUGGGAUUUGAGAAAACUACAUACCUGCUUCCUACUCCUUCAACUUCCUCCCUUUGAUUGGUCUUGGCUUGUGAAUGCAAGGUGCAAUUAGGUGGACAAUUUGUGAAAGUAAUGUUAAUUGGAUGGAUACACACAUGUCUUGUAAUAGUGUGAAUUGCAUCUUUUUUAUUUAUUAGCAUUAUAAUUAUUGUUUUUUUGGGUGAGAAUUUUGAUAAAUAGGGCUUUAUGUAAAAAGGUUACCCAUGAAUAAAAACAGAUGUUACUUUGGCAUGGAGAUGCAUCCAUUAAUAAUA